GCAAGCCGAGCCCGUCCUAUCGUAGGUUCCCGAUCGAAGUUUUCAUUCGGUGUGUUCCCAUUUCGCGAUUUUUAAAGUGCUCCUGUGCGUCCGAAUUCGCGACGCUUCGUUGUUGAUCAGUCUUGCGAGGAGGAGAGGACAGCUCCGUUCUCAAGGAACGAAUUCAGAUGACUGUGUUUAGGCUGCUUGUUCUCCUGUUCUACGUCCUGACAGCAUUGGAAGCAAAGCAGCGAUCGCGGCAUCACAGAGACUCGUUUGAGACCUCUACAAGUGCUCCCGUGACGUCAUCAUUCCUAGAGGAUUACGACGAUGACAUCACUGCCCUCACAGAUCGAAAUCCGUGCUUGGUGCACUACUGCGGGAAGGGGCGCGUGUGCCGGGUGGUGGGCGGGCGCGCGGAAUGCGAGUGCGUGCGUCGCUGCGUCAAGCGGCAGAAGCCGGUCUGCGGCUCCGACGGGAAGCUCUACGACAACCACUGCGAGCUCCAUCGCAUCGCUUGCCAGACCAACAGCAUCGUCGCCGUUGACCACACCUUCGCUUGCCUCAAUCCAGAUAAGGAGACUCGAGCAUCGACGUCUGCGCCAGUUGGGCGGAAGAUCGUCCGAGUGUUGCACUCGAUCAACACAACGUCGCUGACGGCGGGAGGUGGAGGAGGGGGGCCGCCGCCCCCCGUUCCCCUUCCGCGUGCCCUUAAGCUCGUAGCCGCCGCCGCUGCCGCCAACGAGGUCCCCGAUGACGCCAGCCUCUUCAGGAAGGAGCUCUGCACGGCCAAAGAGUACGAGAACAUGAUGGAGAAUCUGUUGCUGCACAUGCGGAAGAAGUUGGUGACGUUAGAUGCCUGGAGUGCUGGUAGAGAGUACUUCGUCAACGCCUUGUUCAAGCAUUGUGAUUUAAAUAGUGAUUCUCGCCUUGUAGAAGAGGAGUUGAAUCAGGUGUUCGAGAAGGAGCAUCUAGAACAGCUGUCCAAGCAGUGUGCUUUGAGUGACUUACUGGUGUUCAACGACGAGAACAAAGAUGGCGAGCUCUCGCUCAACGAGUUCUACGCAGCGUUCAGUAAGUUGUACAGCGUGUCGGUGGUGAGCCUGGACAAGGCGCUGGAGACGAACCACCUGGAGGCCCGGGUGGGCGACAACGUGGAGAUCAAGUGCGACGUGACGGGGAGCCCGCAGCCGCCAAUCGUGUGGCGCCGCUACGACGCCGACCUGGCCUCCCUCGGCGAGGAGGACGUCCGCGUCUUCGCCGACGGCUCUCUCUACCUCACCCGCAUCCAGCUCGUCCACGCUGGCAACUACACCUGCCACGCCCAGACCAACGACCAGCUCACCCAGACCCACGUCCUCACCGUCCAUACCGUACCUCAAGUUAAAGUGACACCAAAAAUUCAAUCCCGUCGCCCAGGAGAGGUAGCCUCAAUGCUCUGUCAUGUUGUCGGAGAACCAUUUCCCAAGGUUGACUGGCUGAAGAAUAAGGAGCCGCUGCGGCUGGACUCGCCGCGCAAGUACGAGGUGGUCGGCAACGGGACCGAGCUCCGAAUCCGGAACACGGAGUACGCCGACACGGGCGCCUUCAUGUGCCAAGCCUCCAACAUCGGCGGUGUCACCCGCGACAUCUCCUCGCUCAUCAUUCAAGAACAGCCCACUCCGACGGCCCCGAAUGAGGAACGGCGAUUUUUCACCUUCCACGAUUGGGGAGUGUCUGUCUAUGAACCAUCUGCCUGUCGCCUUUACCACCAAAUCCAGUCAACGGAUAUAAUACCUGGGACACAGGAGUAUGUCUGUGGCGACAAAGGUGUUAACUGUAGUUGGGGUCAAGCAAUCAAUGUCGCAAACCGGUAUAUUUACGUCACCCAGCCGACAAAGGAUAGAGUUCUUGUAAUAAGCAAGAUUCAAAUGGUCGUUGUUGAUGUGGUAGCCACAGACAGUUAUCCUGUGGCAUUGCACUAUGUGCCACAUCUGGACCAAGUGUGGGUGUUAAAUUGGAGGGACACAAGCCAAAGCGGCGCAGGGACGGUGCAAGUGAUCAGGGGUGCAGCUCAGAAACGCAAGCACCACACCGUCCAUCCAGAGCCAAUAGAUGGUCACUUUGAUCUUGUCAAUGACCUCUUUAUGCCACCUGUUCAGGACAUGAACCAUAUGCUGAAAUAUGGAUAUGUUAGCCAUACAAAUCAACGAGGGCUAUACAAAUUGGAUCUAGGAAAUAUGCGGUAUGUUCGCAGUGUAGACUUGUCACCAUACAACUGUGUUCCUCAAACAAUGCAGUUUUCAGCUCUAUACGGGUUUGUCAUAAUUGAGUGCGUAGAGCCAUUAACGAAAGAAGAGACAGGCCAACUAUUACUGGACUACUUGACGGACACCGUGAUAAGUGUAAAGCCAGAACUAAUUGGCACUCCCACACUCUCGCCCAAUAGCCGGAUAUUGGUGACGUUAUCCAGGAAAGCUGAUGGAGUCACUCUAAUCAUUCAACAAGUGACCGAGGGAGGUCUGAAAUUUUUGUUUGAUGUGAAAACAACAUUAAACAUUAGUGACUUGACAUUCUAUCCUUCUCAAACUACCCAUGGAUAUGAUCUUUAUGCCAGCGCCAUUGACAAGGAGGACAUCCUCUUCUUGAAUUUGGUCACAGGUAAGGUAGAGAUGAUCACCGGCGUGGGGCGAGCGAUGAAACCCGCGUUGGCGCAAUGGGGGAACCCGAAUCGGCCGAUCGCAGCAUCCGGGAUCUUCGGGCACUACAUGGUGACGCCUGCCGAUGAGGCGCUUUUUGUGAUUAAUGGUGAGACUCGCACGGUCAACUGUGAGAUCGGUGGUCUUGUCCACCCGCGAUCCGUUGUCUGGGUCACCAUGCAGCUCCAGUAAGACACCACUUUUGCCUCUCUUGACCGUCUCAAGGGUGGGAAUUUCUGAGCCCCGAAGCUCUAGACAGGUUAUCUACGGAUUCACUGAUUGAACGACUACGCCGAGAGGAAAUUUCGGUCUUAUGAAACGCAGGAAGGUAUCGUAUAUCCAUUAUACUAAUUGUGUCCAUGUAUACAUUAACCGGCUCUUGUUGCCGCACUUCGAUUCAUGUAACCGAACACUCAAACCAGAGUGAAAUGUUAAAAUAGUUCUGCAGCAUGAACCGAGCUGUGGAGGACUUCGGUUGCAUGAGCCGAGGAAUCUUUCAUCAAAAUCGAAAUUACAGAUUCAUGGACCAUGUAGCACGGCCGAGUUACAACACCACUUUACGAUGCAUACGGCCGAAAUUUCCUUCUCAAUGCAGCAGUGAAGUACGUCUGAUCUUGAAAAUUUGACGACGGUCUUUCUCUUGCGGGACAAGGUAUGAAGUCCUCGAGAUUGUAAGGUGAGGAACAAUUGGUAUUUUUAUUUUCCAGACAUUUGGUUGUAGAUAACCUCAAGAAAACAAGCCUGAUAGAUAAAAAAAGGUCACUCGCAUGAUGAUAUACAUGUAUCUCGGUUAAGUUAAAAAAUCAUCCCAUUUCAAAAUUUUUUUUGAAAAAAUGAACAUCAUUGAAUUUGAAUAAGGGAGACCUAGUAGUUUAUUCUUUCAAAUGUAGCUUUCAAUUUAAGAUUUAUUAAUGGCAAUGACUAUCAUAGUUAAGAUCAUUAUCUUGACAUUUACAUUAUCACGAAAAUAUAAGCUCGUUGCACAUUUUUCAAGUCUGUAAAUUCUGUAAACUCUCUGCAUAGCAAAAUGUGAACGGGUCUACCUUUUUUUCCGAAAUGGAGAGGUUUUUAUUGUUGAGAAAAUAUUCCACAAACCUUGAGCCUUAUCCUGACCUGCCAUUAAUGUUUGCAUUCUUGUCAUUCACAUGACGAUUUUGUUUUGUUUUGAUACUUUGUUCAGGCGUGAACAUAAAAGAAAAUUAUUACGUCCUAGCGUCGGACCCAUUCUACAGCAACCUAUACCUUUGCUAUUUAGGUUGUCUUCUCAUACAUUUUGAGCGGAAGUACUUACCUACGACGUUCAAGAAAUAACUAACCUCCCAACCUCAGAGAAAUUUUUCCUGGGACACGUUAUAUUACAGAGAGAGUUCACUGGUUGGCAUUUUUGCCUUCAAAAAAUUUAAUCUCCUACCAUGGAAGGUUAAUUGUCUGAUAAAUUUGUUUAUCACACAAAAUAUCUGUAGAUGCAAGUUCAUACUUUUUCGCGAGAAUUUAAUCUUUUUUAAGCAUCUUCAGUGAACAGCUGCUUUUUUUCAAAACUCCCGCCAUUCUUUUGAACAUCACGCAAAAUUGAACGUUAGAAUUUAUUCAAUCGACGUAUCCUAUCCUAAUUUUAAAAGUCCAAAAAUUUUUUAUAGCUAAUUUUUUUAACUAAAUUACUUAGGAAACUUAAGGAGGUCUCUAAAAGUAGUUUUUACAGCUCAGACAACUUUAAAUUCAUUGUGUUAAGUCAUCGUGUGUCUGUUACUAAGCUGUUGUAAUUUUAACUAGCAUGUAAUCAUACAGCUUUUCUUCAUUAUUCUUUUAAUGGAAAGCUCCCUAAGGUUAUUAAUAAAAUGUCAAAGAAAAAUCUAUUGCUCACCAACAUAUCAUUCGCAUCUUCAUAUGCCAAAUAUUUGUCCAAAAACUUGGAAUCGCUCUCACAUUUAUGGUGAAAUAUAUCAUGUAAAGGCAACAGGUGACUCAUCAUAAACAAACGUGUUCAACUUCAAUGUAUCAAAAAAUUAGCCGGGAAUGUACUCUCUUUUCUGAGAAGAAUAUACGUAUCACGGAGUAUCUUGUAUAUAAGCAUGUAGGGAAUGUUUUGCUCGGCAUUUUCUUUUAACGUCGAAAACUUAAUGAAAUUAAUGAAUAGUUCAAAUACCUCAUAUCUUCAUUUGAUUUUCUCUAAGAAUUUCGUUUUUUUACACAAGAAUCCUUUAACUGGAUUGAUUUCUGGUGCGUUUCCUUGACACUCUGGUGAUCAUUGUGCAAGCUCUCAGGUAUGACUGGGUUAUCAAAAACAUGCAUAUCUUAACAGUGAUGCUUCAGAAAAACAUGUGUUCAGCCGUUUAAAAGGAAUCAAAAUAAAAUGCACCAUCUACAUUUUCGAAGAAUACGUUUAAUGUUAAGUCCAGAAGAAUCUUUAGGUUCUCCACAAGACACUAACCAAAGAAGAUUAAACAAUCUGGAACAUCCCAAAUUGAGAUUUGUACCUACGUAUCCCGUCAUCGAAACUAUGAGCUCUGAGGCUGAUGAGGCGGAUUACAGCAGUUUUUAAUCAGCGUGCUUUUCAUCUAGUCAUUUUCUAGUCAUUUGUAGUAUUUUUCUGUGAGACACAUUGUAAACUUAGCUAGUCUAAUUCCCUCUUACAUAAUUUUGAUAGUAUGUUUUUUUUUCAAUUUCACUACGAAAGUUUUAUUUAAUUUUGUUUUAAUUUUUUUUUUAGAGUUUAGUCAAGAUUAAGCCAAUUUUUCAUUGCCCUUAAAUCUUCGUCGAUAAUAAAUGGAAUAGUUUUAAUUCUUUAAUUUUAAUCAUAUAGUGAUAGUCCAGAGCGGAAUGAUCAAAUAACUAGGGGAAGUAUUACUUUUGUACCUAUGCUUAUCCCAAUGUAGCAGAAAUUCAGAAUUCCGUGUGGUUAAUGGACUAUUUACUGAUUAUUUAUAAACCUAACACAUAAAAUUUUAUUUCAUGGUCAAAUUUCUGAAUAUUAAGUAGCAAAUCUAUUGCGGUUCCUUCUCAGCAAAUGUCUACGUUUGAAAACUAUGCUGCAUGGGUUGUGAUGUUUUUGGCUUCUUUUUUUUUAGUUUUAUCUCGCAUCUUUUUGAAGGCUAUGAAUGAAGAAAGUUUCUUGUUUCAUUUUUUUUAAUUGCAUUGUGCUAGGGAAUGUACUAACCGUUUGAGGAUGUAUAGGAUAAUUUCAUUCAUAAAUAGAGAAUUACGAUGCAGAUACUAAGCCCUCAAACUUUAGGUAUAUCUAUCAGGUAAGUUGAAAGUUACAGAUGUAGGCAAUCCUCAACUGGGUUAAUUACUAGCGCAUUUUUUCAAUCAAAGAAGGUAGACUGAUUUGGACAGUUUCCAGCCUUCCAGGCAAAACUAGCAAAAUUUCUCGCAUUGAAUAGCUCGAGCUAAAGAAGCACUCGUCUCCUGAACACAACGUGAAUACAACAUGAAAUAAUUAUUUGGGUGGAUAUCUCUUAUUUUCUUUUUUUUUCGAACCGCUUUUUUUUAAGUGCCAAGCUUAAAGUUGAAUCAAAGAAAUUGCUGUAAGCUUAAAAUAUUCCGUUAUCAUACAAGAUUUUAAUUAGUUCAGUGUACAAAUAAAGGUUUUAACUUUUCGCUAAUACAAUGUUCAACAAGUCUUCUUUCUCUGUUCCAAAUGAGUUAUAUCGACUGUUACAAGUCAAAUCAAAUCAAAUUCUUUCUCAAGUAAUGAUUAUCAUGUAGCGAAUAUACAUCAGUUUGUUUCCAAUUUAAAGUAAUUUUGUAAUGAUACAGUGUUAUAUUUUUGUACAAAUUUGUAUUAUUGCUGAGAUCUGUCCUGUACAUUGGCUAUUUAUUUUAUAACAAUGUGUAUGUAUUUUUAAAAAGUGUUUUUCACUGCAGCCGCCAGUAGCUUGGCGGCAGCCACCUUCAAACUGAUUUUGAUGUUCCAUUGUAAUUGUAAUUGUUUUUAUCUUUGAAAUUAAACCAUGCGUUUAUGUUUUAACAUUAA